AUUUUGAUCGAGGCGCGCGACCGCCCCUUAGUAGGCUCGCGGUGCCGCGUCGGCUCUGCGCUCGCUUUCCCUGUCCGGCUGCUGUGAGGAGGUUGUUCCACUCUUGUCUCCCUGAAUCCCUGCGACCGCUGCGGCGAAGAUGGCCUCAGGAGUGCAAGUUGCUGAUGAAGUAUGUCGCAUAUUUUAUGACAUGAAAGUUCGGAAAUGCUCCACACCAGAGGAAAUCAAGAAAAGAAAGAAGGCUGUUAUUUUUUGUCUCAGUGCAGACAAAAAGUGCAUCAUUGUCGAAGAAGGCAAAGAGAUCUUAGUUGGAGAUGUGGGUGUGACCAUUACCGAUCCCUUCAAGCAUUUUGUGGGGAUGCUUCCUGAAAAGGAUUGUCGCUAUGCCUUGUAUGAUGCAAGCUUUGAGACCAAGGAGUCCAGGAAAGAAGAGCUGAUGUUCUUUUUGUGGGCCCCAGAACUCGCCCCUCUGAAGAGUAAGAUGAUCUAUGCCAGCUCCAAGGACGCCAUCAAAAAGAAGUUCCAAGGCAUUAAACAUGAAUGUCAAGCAAAUGGGCCGGAAGACCUCAACCGAGCUUGUAUUGCAGAAAAGCUGGGCGGGUCCUUGAUCGUAGCCUUCGAAGGGUGCCCAGUGUAGUGUUGUUCCAGUGCCACAGCCUAAAGCUUCCAUGUUUAAUGUUACCCUCUUGCUCGAUAAGUAAAGCAAAUCGUUUACGCCAGGGUCUCACUGAGGGGAGCUGUCUUGUCAUCUUUUAGAGUAAAUAUUCUAUAAACCUGUGUGAAUGCGGCCCUAAAUAAACCUAGCAUCCAAAGUUUAAUUUGUGUGAAAUGAAAUUCUUACUGGCCACAUGCCUGUUUUGAUGAGUUGACUUACAAAGAUUUUUGUUAAGCUCAGGAUUUUUUUAACAGUUCACAGAACAGUAUAGAGGUCAUGUGAAGAACAGUUACUUUGUUUUGUUUCGAGAAUUGAUUACAAUCUGGUUAUAAUUUUGGCCCAGAAUUAUUCUUCCUUGAUCCACGCAGAAUGGGAUGUCCUCUCUAA